CUCAAAUGGUUUAAUGGUUUGAUUUAAUUAGUAAAACCUAAGGACUCCAAUCACGUAUCAACUAAACUGUCUGAAACUAUAUUUGGGAAAUUGGUCAACAUGCUGCUUAUCCGAAUCCGGUUCGCAUCGAUGGUCCCAUACCCACAAUCUUAUCACUGGGGAAUCAACCCUUAUCAGAUAAUAGGCGGAACUAAUUCGCCUAAUGAAAUUAUGCAAAUGGCGUUGGGAGUCAGUUCGAUUUGGUCCCGACAGGUGCGAGCACUGCACACUUCUAAAAACAUACACACACAGUAUGUUCAAGUCCAAGUCCUUUGAUUUGGUCAACGAGGAAAGGACGAAGAAACCGGAACGGCUGUAUCAGCCCCGCCGGAUGCGAUGGCUCAAAUAUAUCAUCCUGCCGGCCGUGUUCUCCUUUGCGCUUCUUCUGAUCCUGGUCAAUGUGGAUUUCUCCGAGACCAGUGAUGAAGUAACUUCUGAUUCCACGGAUUUGGGCUAUAAACAUGAGUCGCAUUACAACAUCUGUGACCAAUCCCUCUUCAUAUCAAGCCAUGGAUUUGAAAAUAACACUCUACAAAGGAGCUUUUUUCCCAGCAGCUGGGAACUGCAAAACUUAACAAUAGUGAAUUGCACCAUAGUUCAUAUCAGUAAUGGAACUUUUGAUCAACAUAACACCCGUUAUCUUAUGAACUUGCAACUCAUUAAUGUGGAACUGGAAAAUUUAACAGAAUCAGCAUUACAUGGUCUUCAAAAGCUUCAGAACUUCACCCUAAUCAAUGGGAAUAACCAUUUCAAGCCUUUUGGAUUCCUUUCAGCUGUGUCUGAGACGAUAAUUAAUGCUAGAAUACACCAGUCAUUCUACACAGGAACAAGAUAUGCACUCAGUGAUUUCUUGGGAUACAACAAUUUCACCCACUUGAAAUGUUUAGAUAUGAGCGGAACGAAUUUCGGAGGGAGUAUUAAAUCAGAUUCCUUUGAGAAUCUCCCCGCUUUGUCACAGCUGAUCUUAAAGAACUGUGGCUUAAGCCAUAUCGAGUGGGACUUUCUACAACCAAGACUUAAAUUAGUGCAAUACUUAGACUUUAGUGAAAGUCAGAAGGAAAGAGACUAUGCUAAUGACUCGGAAAUAUUUGAGUUUACCCCUGACACAACCAUUGAGGACGAGGAGAGCUCUACUGUUCAGUUCGAAAGAGCCGCUGGUCCACCCUUUGCACCCGCGACAACAAAUUCAACAUCAGCCCCUACCACAGUAGAAUCAACAGUAACAAUAUUUUCAUCCACACUACAAUCAAUAACAACAUCACCCACACAAGAUAUAACGGCUGAUCCAUCAACUGAACCAUCAACGUUAUCUACGAUGACAACACCACGAUCGAAUUGCGAGGAGGAACUUUGCCAAGAACUCGUAUGCUCUCGUAUCUCAGCGGACUCAACGAUUGGAUAUGCAGAUCUGGAAAGUUCGGCAAGUUGUAAGGAUGGUAUACUUGUGGAGGUCUGCGAAUCGGACUGCACAGUACCCACCUACUUCUGUGGACUAUUGGGCGACAAUUUUACCUUCCCAUCCAACUGUUGUUCUCAUUUUACCAUGAGAUGUGUGGUUUCCUCAAAAGCGUCCUGGUUCGAUGAUCACAGCGGCCUUAUAAUUGGACUGGGAAUAGGACUCCUUUUUGGUGGCAGCCUUCUCGGUAUGCUCAUUGCUUACGGAGCUAUACGACUGUUUAAGAAAAGUAAGCGGCGGGAAUCCAACACGAUGGGUCUAAUUCCCCGGAGAUUCGAAAAGGACCUGAAUGACUAUGCGGGGGGUCCGAUUUCGACUCUCGACGACAGCGAAUAUGUCAUUGCUUAUCACCGUUACUUGGAACAAGCGAACCACCGUCACACGGAGACCAAUAAGUACAUAUAUCCACCCAGGGAUAGGGCGCCUUCGGUUCCACCCUCCUGUGAUUACCCCCUACCGCUCCCGGCAAGAAAUAACUACAUAUACGAGAGCUGUGAGCUGUAUGAGGAACUUCCAUAAAUUAAUUUAUAAUAUAGAUAUGCAUUACAUUCAUCCUUAUACCAAGAACCAGAACAUAAUUAAAUAUUGAUUAUUUUUAUAAGAAAAAGCUGUAUAAACGAAUGACGAAUUUAAAAAUGUGUUCUCGUAAUGGCAAACCAAUUUUAAUUCAAAUAAAUUUACAUAACGAUAAAAAGUGUCAAUACGUAGGUACAGGCUAGCUUCCACAUCUUGAACU